CGUGGCUUAUCCAAUACACAGGCGCCCUGUGCUGACGUCAUAGGAAAGCGCCGGAGCGGACACGUGAGUGAGUGUAUCUGAAGGUGUGGAGGCCAGGAUGAGUUCUGAGAUGCAGAAAGGGAGGAAGAGAGGGAAAAUUCAGUACCUGAGCAAUGCCAAGCGGCACAGGGGCGGCAGACAGCUGGAAGUGGGCAUGCAGGGAAUCCUCAUUACCUGCAACAUGAAUGAGGGGAAGUGUGUGGGAGAAGCCUACAGACUGCUCGGCGAGUAUGGGGACCUGCUGUAUGGAGCUGAGAAGCUAGGUGAAAAGAAUGACAAAGCAUCAGGCAAUGAGGAGGAAGAAGAGGUGGAUGAAGAUGAUAUUGAAGCAGCAUUGAAAAAAGAAGUAGAUCAGAUUCGCACAUCAACAAAGAAAAAUCUACACAGGUUUCGAUCAGUGGAGAGUGGAGCCAAUAAUGUUGUCUUCAUAAGGACUCUAAAUGUUGAGCCGGAGAAGUUGGUGCACCACAUAUUAAAAGAUCUGUACACCACAAAGAAGAAGAAAUCCCGUGUAAUCCUCCGUAUGCUGCCAGUGACUGGCACAUGCAAAGCUUUUCCUGAAGAUCUCAAAAAGUAUUCAGAGACUUUCUUUCAGCCUUGGUUUAAGGCCCCCAACAAAGGCACCUUCCAGAUAAUGUACAAAGCAAGGAACAACAACCAUAUGAAUCGGGAUGAAGUCAUCAAAGACUUAGCAGGAAUUGUUGUCAGCCUAAAUCCAGAGAACAAGGUGGACCUCAGCAACCCAGAGUAUACAAUUGUGGUUGAAAUUAUCAAAAACGUUGGUUGUCUGAGUGUAGUGAAGGACUAUAACUUGUUCAGGAAAUAUAACCUGCAGGAGGUAGCCAAGACCACUAAAGAGGAAAAUCCACAACAACCAGCAAAUGAUGAGAAAAAAGCACAAGAACCGAACAAAGAGGAAAAUCCACAACAACCAGCAAAUGAUGAGAUAAAAGCACAAGAACCGAGCAAAGAGGAGCCUGUGCCAGCCGCUGAUGCCUAAAAAGACUAGCAUUCAGGACUGGAGGGACCCAACGCUAAGAAACUGCCACCUUCCAAUAUGUUUGACUGGGACCUAUGACCAUUUUAGUACUUUCCUUGUUCUCACUCAACCAUUUUCAAGUCUGGAGAAAUGGGUCGCUAUAAUUAAAUGAUAAUUUAACAUUGUAAA